AUGAACAGAAAAAGCACACGUCGAAGAGCAGGUAUGCCAAGCGUCGUGGAUAUUUUGAAUGUCGCUACCGUCUCACAACAUCUCAUCUCUUCUCUAUCUCACUCUCCUGCAAACACCACAGCAGCAGCUCCUUCGGCAACCCCCACGAAAGAAUGUAUAAACUACCAACAACUACACCGCUUACGACAAGAACCGCUUUCAGAAGGCCGGCGGAAAUUUGCUUACAAUCGGCCGUCACCAGAAUGUCGGACUUUCAACUUGCCUGCGAUGGAGAAGUUGAUAGAGGAGAUGAAAGGGAAAAUACCGGACCCUGAUUUGUUUCGGCUUUUUGAGAACAGUUAUCCGGAUACCUUGGAUAUGGUGAUUAAGUGGAGGGUUUUUGCUAAGCAGCUUGACUCAGUCUCCAGAAAUGAGACGACCACAGACGAGGAGUUGACAUAUGUGAUUGCUAGUGAUGUAUGGAUUCUUCCUCCCCACCGUUUUGGAGGAGCAAACUUGAUGGACGAUGCGAUUGUCCCCUCCUUGCUCGCCAUGCCGUUUCAUCUCUGCUGUUGGAGGGCCGCAUAUUGGCCCCGGAAGGCGUGGCCGAUGGUUGCAAUUGUGAGAGCGCUUACUACGUUUCGAUCCUUCCCUUCAGCUGGUGGAAGUACCGGACGAUCGCAGAAGGAGAUCGAGGGUGAGAUCAAGGAUCAGAUUGUGAUGGAGUUGAACUCCACAGGAGAUGCUGAAGUGAUCCAUGAGAGUGUAAAUUCAUGGAACAAGCAUGAUUGGACGAGAGCGUGGUUUGGAUGA